GCCAUGUUCCUGAGCCCCGGGGAGGGGCCGGCGGCAGAGGCGGGGGGCCCGGGCCCCGGUGAGGAGACCCCCAAGAAGAAGCACCGCAGGAACCGCACGACCUUCACCACGUACCAGCUGCACCAGCUGGAGAGGGCGUUCGAGGCGUCGCACUACCCAGACGUGUACAGCCGCGAGGAGCUGGCGGCCAAGGUGCACCUGCCCGAGGUGCGCGUGCAGGUGUGGUUCCAGAACCGCCGGGCCAAGUGGCGCCGCCAGGAGCGUCUGGAGUCAGGCUCCGGGCCUGUGGCAGCCCCAAGGCUCCCCGAGGCCCCGUCGCUGCCCUUUGCCCGCCCGCCAGCCAUGCCACUGCCCCUGGAGCCCUGGCUGGGCCCCGCACCCCCCGCCGUGCCGGGCCUCCCGCGCCUCCUGGCCCCGGGCCCCGGGCUGCAGGCGUCGUUCGGGCCCCACGCCUUUGGUCCGGCCUUCGCGGAGGGCUUCACCCUGGAGGAGGCGUCCCUGCGGCUGCUGGCCAAGGAGCACGCGCAGGCUCUGGACAGGGCCUGGCCACAGGCCUGAGUGUGGGGCCCGCCUAGCCCUCCUGCCUCGGCCUGUCCGUGCCCACCCGUGCUGGUCCCCCCUCACCUCCUCACCCUGCCUUGCAGGGAGACGGGCGCUGCCUCAGGAAGGAAGUGGCCCGGCCUGGGGCCUCGGCCUCCCCAUCUGCCAGACGGGCGGGCGUGGGGGGAGGCUCUGGGACAGCAAGGCUGCAAUCACAAGCCACCCGGCUCGCUGCGCCCCGGCCCCCCGCCUGCGCCUGGUCCUCCCCAGCCGAGCCCCAGCUCCCGGGCCUCCCGCUCUCCAAGACAUGACCAAGAACAGCCGGGGCAGCGCACGUUCCCCAGCGUCUUUCACCGUGUGCCCGUCCUGGGCCCAUCACCUGACCCUCAAGACAGCUGCUUUCUCGGGGAGGAAACCGAGGCCCAGAGGCCAGGCUUGCUGACCACCCUUCCCAGAACUCAGCUGGACUCCAGGACUAGGAGGCGUCGAGGGCAAGGAACAGGGUGUGACCAGGCUCGGGCCUGGCCUAGUCUCAGCACAACAGCGGAUCUCCCCAGGGGACGGGGCAGGACGGGGCAGCCUGGGUCAGAACAGGAGGGGAGGGGCUCAAGGGCAGAAGUCGCAAGUGACGAGCACCCUGCUUUUGAGGUCUGUCCACAAAGUGACUGUAGGAUCACUGCUGGGUCCUCGCACCGGUGCACACCCACCGGGUUCAAGCUGGCCUGCUCAUCUCGUCUCACUGGGCAACUCACAUGAGCCUAUGCCCAUGUCUUCUCUACGUCGUGGCAGCCGGGUCAAUCGCCAACCCCCCUUACCCACCCAUCACCCACCCAUCUAUCCACUCAUCGUCCAUCUACCCACCCACCCAUCCACCCACCAAUCCACCGUCCAUCUCACCCAUCAUCCAUUCAUCCGCCCUCCAUCACCCACCCGGCCACCCACCCCUCCAUCACCCCGUCCGUGCACCUACUCAUCCAUGCACAGGGAUGUGAUGGGUGAACAGACAAAAAUCCCUGCCCUGGUGGAACUUCCGCCCCAGUGGGAGGAAGACAACACAAAUAA